AUGCAAGACUCGCUCAGACUUGCUCUUGUUGCCUGGGAAAAGGUUGGGCUCGCUCAGCUACAGCGAGACCUGGACGCUCAAGGACUCGGCAUUAUUGAAAAUCAGAACCAAUCUACCACAAGUCGUAAACAGCUUGCUGACCAAACUAAAGAGUUUAAAAAAGUACCCGAUGAUGACAAACUGAACCAAGUCAAGAUUCUCUUGAAAGAGAUUGACAGCAUGACCAAAAGAUCAAAGUUUGCUGAGACCUGCUUUUUAACAUUGUACAAACUACUAUCCGAUGUACCCGAUCCUGUUAUACUGAUCACAUCUGCACUGGAACAAGCAAAGCAACUGGAUCAAGUCACCUCUUUACAGACUGAAAAUCGUCGAUUAAAAGAAGAACUGGCUGCAUCAAGCACUCAAAUCACUGCUUCAAAAUCAUUGGAUACUACUAUAUCCAGUCUGAAACAGCGUUUAUCCAAAUACGAAGCCAUGCUUGAUGAAAUGGUGGCUGAAAAAGUGGCUCAAAAGGAAAGUGAAAUGAAGCAGAUCAUGGACGAGAAAAUCAGAAUCUACAAAGAAACUGAGCAUGCACUCAAUCGUCAAUUGAACCACCUUAUGAAUCAAAUAUCAAGUCUUCAGAGUAACCACGAAGUUGCUCAAGCUAGAUUGGUUGAUAAUACUCAGAAAUAUGAUGAAGGUGUUGCUGCUCGUUUGGCAGAAUUGGAAAUUGUCAUGAUGGAUCUAGAACGUGCCAAUACUAAAACAGCUCAACUGAGCAAUGAGAACCGUCUUUUAAAGGAAAAAAUGUCGGAUUCCGUUGAAACAUCCCAAAACAAUGAGAAGAUCAAUCAAUUGCACAAUCAGAUUCGAUUGGCAGAGGCAGAAAAUAUUGCCCUGAUUGAACAGUUGGAUGAUGUCACUGCUGCUCAAAAAAACUUGGAAGUGGUCAACUUUCAAAUUCUUCAAGACCAAAAACGCGACCAAGCCAUGAAGUUGUUUGAAAUUGCACAACUUCAAUCACAGCUUGCAGAGUUUAGUGACUAUGAAGAAAUCAAAAAAGAACUGGACAUUAUCAAGGGGAUUGAAUUUGAUGGGUUUGUUGAAUCAGAGAUAUCAUCGUCUGUCGUAGAUCAUCCACUUGAAAAAUUGGUACUAGCCAAAAACAAAAAGUUGCAGAAUGAUGUGACCACCCUCAAGACGGAGCUUCAAAACAUGCAGGAAAAGCUUGCACAAUAUACUCUGACUAAAGAUAGUUUGGAGGCACAGUUGACAGAAAGUAAAUCACUAAUAGUCAAACUUGAGGCAGAUUUACUUCAGUUGAAUCCUUCUUGUAUGGCUUCACCUCAAAAAUACACAUCCAUGGAUCAUGGUCUUGAAUCCAUUAUGCUGGACAAUUUGAGUAAAACAAACCACCCAGUAACAGGCGGAAAUAUACCAGGGACUGCUGAUGCAUCUAUUGUUUCUAUUCUUACGUCCCAGCGAGACAGGUACAAGCAGCGGUUUGAAGAAGUUGAGCAAAAUAUGCGCGAACAUAUCCAAACAAUCUCUGACCUGCGCUACGAGAUUGCCAAUUUCAAAGCCGAUAAUGUCAAGCUAUAUGAGAAAUUGAGAUAUGCUGAAAGCUAUUCCAAUACUAGAUUUCAAGGUACAAAUAAUCGACACUCGUCUGCAGUGGAUAUAACUGCUGAUCGAUACUCUAAUAACCAGCUGCUUGACCAAGACAGUGUGAGCACCAAAUAUCGAGGGAUAUAUGAAGAAUCUCUUGAUCCAUUUAAGCGAUUUCACAAGCAAGAGGAGCAAAGACGAUUUCAUUCAAUGAAUCCUGCCGAACGCGCCGCAUUGAGUCUUACUCGUCUACUGUCAACCAACAAGUACUCGAGAUGGAUUUUUGUUAUUUACAGUGGGGCCUUGCAUUUGCUGGUGUUUUUCACACUGUUUCAACUAAGCAUGUCUGAUUGCAGUCGUGCCAAACAAGAUGAUAUAUGGGCAGUUCAAUCGCACGACACAUCCUCACCGUCGUAGAAUUUUUGCAUUUACUUUAUCCAUGCAAUAAACUCUUCAUGCAUAUACCUUUA